AACCCCAAAAAUACACAUAUUGCAAGUGUGAUUCGAAAUUUGUGUGGCCCUAAAUUGUGAUGUUAAAGCAGAGCCUUUCGCGUAAGAAAUGGUUUCCACUUCCAGCCCAUAGAAAGGGAGCUGGAAAAUAAGUUGAGCCGUUUUUGUCGCAGUUUGCCGGAAAGAAACCCAUUUGGCCUAAAAUCUCAGGAGGCGUGUUUGCCUUGUUGCCAUUUUUGGAGCUUCCUUGGAGCAUGUACUUCGUAUGUACUAACCUAAAGAUUUUUAUGUACGGAAUAUGUCCCUUUUUAUGAGCAAAUACACGGGUCUUCCUUCAUACUCUAUUCAAUCUUGAGGAGUGCCAAACCAUGUUCCUUUCUCUCUUCUCUUCCUACCAUCAUUAUAAAUGCUCAUAAUCUGGCAGCAAAAUAAGCUCAGAAUAAAGUUGAGAAAUGGAUAUUGUGACUGAGAUAGAAGCAGAUGAUUCUGAGUUUGUUGAGGUUGAUCCUACAGGAAGAUAUGGAAGAUACGAUGAAAUUCUUGGUAAAGGGGCUUCAAAGACUGUUUAUAGAGCUUUUGAUGAGUAUGAGGGAAUAGAAGUAGCCUGGAAUCAGGUGAAACUUUAUGACUUUAUGCAAAACCCAGAAGAUCUUGAGAGGUUAUAUUGUGAAAUUCACCUGCUGAAGACCCUAAAGCACAAGAACAUCAUGAAGUUUUACACUUCCUGGGUUGAUGUUGAGAACAGGAACAUCAACUUUGUGACUGAAAUGUUCACCUCUGGUACAUUAAGACAGUAUCGUCUGAAACACAAGAAGGUUAACAUUAGAGCAGUAAAGCAUUGGUGCAAGCAGAUAUUAGAAGGCCUUAUGUACCUCCAUAGCUGUGACCCUCCUGUCAUACAUAGAGACCUCAAGUGUGACAACAUCUUUAUUAACGGUAACCAGGGGGAGGUCAAAAUUGGUGAUCUUGGCCUUGCUGCCAUUCUCCGUAAAUCCCAUGCUGCGCACUGUGUUGGAACUCCAGAAUUCAUGGCUCCGGAAGUAUAUGCCGAGGAGUAUAAUGAAUUAGUUGACAUUUAUUCGUUCGGAAUGUGUAUUUUAGAAAUCGUGACAUUUGAAUAUCCAUAUAGCGAGUGCACUCACCCGGCACAGAUAUACAAAAAAGUGACUUCUGGGAAAAAGCCAGACGCCCUUUACAAAAUCACUGAUCCUGAAGUGCGUCGGUUUGUUGAGAAAUGCUUAGCUGCUGUCUCUGACAGACUAUCUGCAAGAGAGCUUCUGGAUGACCCAUUUCUACAAGUAGAUGAUUUUUCAUUUGAUUUGAGACUGUUAGAUUAUAAAGAGUACUGCAACGACACUGGUCCCAUGUCAUUAGUACAGCCACUCUUGAAAUGCAGUCACACUAACUGCUCUCUGGUUAAUGACAACCCUAAUUGUUGUGGGAUUGAACAAGAUAAUUGUCAUCCCAGGGAGUUCCAUACGAAUGAGAUUGACCUCUUUGUAAGCCACGACAGUCAUUAUAGUUUGGAAGAUCUUGACAUAUCAAUUGAAGGCCAGUUGAAAGAAGACAAUGACAUCUUUCUCAGGCUCAGGAUUGCUGAUAAACAAGGUCGUGUGCGUAAUAUUUACUUUCCUUUUGAUCUUGAAAAGGAUACAGCAAUGAGUGUGGCUAGUGAGAUGGUAUCUGAGUUAGAUAUUACUGAUCAAGAUGUAACUAAGAUAUCUGAUAUGAUUGACGGUGAGAUUAUUUCCCUAGUGCCUGACUGGAAGUGUAGUUCGGAAAUCAAUGAAACUCCCAAUUCAACAGAUGCUGAUGAUUAUGAUUCGCUUCGGGACUGCAUAUCUUCUCACAGUCUGGAAGUUCUUCAACAAUCAAAGCAUGGUGGGUGUGGAGCUGUUCAUGGCCGUUUUGAGGAAAUCACUUUCCAGUAUGAUGAAUCUGUCUCAGAAGGGGCCCCACGAGAAUCUAACAAGUGCGUAAGUAUGAGGGAUUCAACUGAAGCAAACUCUUUACAAGCAAGAACUGUGAUUAAAGACUAUGAGAAUGACAUUAGGCAAGAGAUGAGGUGGCUUAAGGCCAAGUAUGCAAUGCAGUUGAGGGGGCUAAAGGAUCAUCACCUCGGACUUUCACCAAAACUUAAGGUAGAUGAGGCUAAUGAGAAUGAGAGAAUUUUAGCAACUUCUAGCCUGCUAAGCAUAGCAAGGAAAAAUCUCAUCAAAUGCGACAAUGCUGUCAAAACUAAUGAGACAGGUUUCGGUUCGUAUAGUCCAUUUGACAUGGUCAGUGCAAAAAGUCACUACACAGGGGAUUUGCUUCCUCAUUCACUUAACAGGGCUACUUCUCUUCCUGUUGAUGCCAUAGAUUUCUAAGUAUGGCCUGCAAUGAAAUGCUGUUUUUUUGGAAGAUGCAUGGAAAGUUAGGUAACAUACCAGUUGUCAAUUGUGCCAUAUCUAUUGCAUGGAAAGUUAAUUUUUAUCCACUUGUAGAUUUUCUACUCCAAGGAGAAUAUGAUUUUUAGAAACAAACCAUGAUAAGCAUGUGAGGCCCUAACACUUACAGAGUUAGAAUUAAAUAAGAUUCGUAUAAUCAAGGAUAAAAAAUCUGUAUCUAUAGAAAAAUGGGUACUUUGAAUUAAUGAAAAA